UCAGCUCUCAUCUGUGGUCAAGAAGGAAAAAAGUUAGGUUAAUUCUGCAAUCUUUGAUUUUCAGAUUUUUGAUGUUUUAUUUUAUUAAGAUGGAAAUUGAACCAAAAAGUAAAAGCCUGUCUUGAUAAAUUUCAUCUUUUUAUCUUCAUAUAUUAUGGUUGGUUGCCUUUCAUUUCAACCAUUGUCAAUUUACAUUAGUUUAUUGAAAUUUGCCACGAAAAUCUUAUCAUGUCGAGGAUAGCUAAUAUAUGGCAGUUAAAAUUUCCGAAACUACUGGAGAAGUAUCUAUCAUCACCUACAAAUUUCGAUAAGUUCUCCCCAGCUUGCUGUUGUUACAAAAGCUUUUACAUUCAUUCUAAUCUUAAAAUUUCAAACGACAAUCGAAAUUUUAAUAUUACAUUGCUCAAAAGACAUUUUGGCGAUAAUAAUGGGAAAAAAACGGAGAUCACUCCACAGAGAGACUUUGUUAAUAAAGAGCUCAAAGCUUACAUACAACACAACAAGACUAGAUUCAAAAGUACAGAGAAAAGGAUCAAACUAAAAGGAAGUAUUCUUUUAAAAGAUUUUAGAGAAACAAAAGAAAAGAUGAGGGAGAAAGUGGAAAAUAUAAUAGAAAAAGAAAAUAUUUAUACAAUUCCUAAUUUCCUCUGUUUAUCGAGAAUUAUAAUAUCACCUUACUUAGGAAUCCUGAUAAUCCAAUCAAAUUUUUGUUACGCCUUAGGAAUACUAGGUGUAGCUGCUGUUACUGAUUUGCUUGAUGGUUGGAUAGCGAGAACUUGGAAAAGUCAAAGUUCAAAAAUUGGAAGUGUUUUGGACCCACUUGCUGACAAAGUUCUUGUAGCAACUUUAUUUUUGUCCUUGACUUAUGCUGAUUUGAUACCAGUCAUUUUAACUGGUAUUAUCAUUGCCAGAGAUGCCAUACUUGUGGUGUCCGCAUUUGUUAUAAGAUAUAAAUCCUUGCCUCCUCCAAAAACGUUGAGUAAAUAUUUUGAUUUUACUUACCCUACUGUCCAAGUAGAACCAACUCUCAUAAGUAAAAUAAACACAGGUGUACAACUGGCAUUAGUGGGAACAACCUUAACAGCUCCAGUAUUUCAAUUUGUUGGUCACCCGUUUUUAGAAUGUUUAUGGUACCUGACUGCCACUACUACCAUAGCAUCUGGACUGAGUUAUCUAUUUUCUAAAAAUGCUUAUAAAUAUUUGAAACCGAAAAAAUGAGACGUAUGGUUAGAUAUUAAAGAAACUGUGAUGUU